CAAACCAAAAUCUCCAAAGACACUUGUAGUUAUGAUUAUGAAGUCUUCACUUUCUUUCAUGGCUCUCUUUACACUCAUUAUGAUAGUUGCAAUCGUACAAGCAAGACCAGAUUCCGGAGAAUACUGGCAGAAGUCGUCUGUCAACAAAGACUUUGAGCCGAGACCAAGUGCUACGGGUUAUGAUAACGGAACAGGCCUAAAAGUUCAAAGAUCUUUUGGCACAGAUUUUGAGUCGAGGCCUAGUGCUACCGGUUACAGCAAUGAUGCAUGCCUCAAUGGUAAUAAAAAAACUUUUGAAAAUGACUUUGAACCGAGACCAAGUGCUACGGGUUAUGAUAACGGAACGGGCCUAAAAGUUAAAAAAUCUUUUGGUACAGAGUUUGAGCCUAGACCGAGUGCUACCGGUUAUAGCAAUGAAGCAAUCCUCAAUGAUAAAAGAACUUUUGAAGAUGACUUUGAACCGAGACCAAGUGCUACCGGUUAUGAUAACGGAAUGGGCCUAAAAGGUAAAAGGUCUUUUGGUACAGAGUUUGAGCCUAGACCAAGUGCUACCGGUUACAGCAAUGAAGCAAUCCUUAAUGGUAAAAGAACUUUUGAAAAUGACUUUGAACCGAGACCAAGUGCUACCGGUUACGACAACGGAAUAGAUGAUAAAAAGAAGAAUGUCAAAGUGAUAGCAAGUGUUACGGGAUAUGAUGCUUAAUUUAAGUUGCAAUGUAGAUUAAAAAGUUUUUAUAUCUAUAUACGUUUGUUAGCGUAUAUUGAAAUGUGCUUAUUAAUGUUUUACUAAAAUAAAAGGUAAUUCCAUGACUUGAUUCGUGCUUGGAAUUUCGAA